AUGGCAUCUUCGGUAUCAUUUCAUGGCAGUAACGAUGGAAUGCAGAUCGGGAAUAAUUACGGCACGGUUAAUGCUUCCUUCACAGAUCCCCUGGACAAGCUGCCAAUUGCGGAGGGAGCCGAGUUCGACUCGUACGCAGAUCAGCAUGAAGAUUUUUGUCUUCCCGGCACUAGGAGCGAGCUUCUAUCCCAAAUUUUCGAGUGGGCCGAGUCAUCGGACGGGAAAUGCAUAUUCUGGUUGAAUGGAAUGGCGGGGACAGGAAAGUCUACCAUUGCUCGAACCGUUGCAGGAUCUUUUAAAAAAAGAGGCCAGCUUGGCGCAACUUUCUUUUUCAAGCGGGGCGAAGCUGACCGUAGUAACGCAAAAUAUUUGAUCUCGACUAUCACAAAGCAGUUGGUCACUAAACACCAACCACUGGUACCUGCUGUCUUGAAAGCGAUCGAGAAGAAUCCCAAUAUCUCAUCAAAAUCGCUCAGCCAACAAUUCGAUACGCUUCUUCUCCAGCCGCUGCUCGGGUUAAAGGUGGACCAACCUGCAACAGUAAUGCUUAUUAUUGAUGCACUAGAUGAAUGUGAUCGGGAAAAUGAUCUCCGGACCAUACUUAAACUUUUGUUUCGACUGCAGGAAGUGAAGUCAGUAUGCCUGCGAAUAUUUCUGACUAGCCGGCCUGAACUUCCAAUCCGUCUUGGUUUUAGGCAGAGUAAUAACCAUCAGGAUUUAGUCCUCCAUGAGCUUCCCAAGCCAGUGAUUGAACAUGACAUUCGCCUAUACCUGGAAGACAAGUUUUCAACUAUACGGAAAGAGAGGUCGUUCGCCUCCAACUGGCCCGGGGAUGAGGUUAUCAAUGAGUUGGUGCGGAUGUCUACCCCACUAUUCAUCUUCGCGGCCACGGCAUAUCGCUUUGUCAAUGGAGGCAGGCAUCCAAAAAGGCAACUCCAGAAGUUCCUUGCAUCUCAAGCAGCUACAUCCGCAUCUCAGAUGGACAAAAUAUACCUACCAGUUUUGAACCAACUUAUACACAGUGACGAGGACGACCCAACAGAGGUUUUAAAAGAAUUUCAGGAUAUAAUCGGGACUAUUAUCCUUCUUGCUACUCCAUUAUCUAUCAUUUCCUUGGCAAGGCUUCUUCAUCUCUCAGCAGAGGAUAUCAUCGAGCUUUUGGAUCCAUUGCACUCAGUUUUGCAUAUACCAACGAAUUCAGGCGCACCGGUCCGAAUCCUACAUUUAUCAUUCCGUGACUUCCUCAUUAACGCCACAAGCAUCUUCCAUGUGGAUGAAAAAGAGACGCACCAGAAGAUAGUCUUGCAUUGCCUCAGUAUUAUGGACACUGGCUUGAAGCAAAAUAUCUGUGGUCUGUCAAGCUACGGGACACAGAGAACAAAUAUCGAUAAUGAAGUUAUUAACAAGCACCUCUCAGCAGAUCUACAGUACUCCUGUCGGUAUUGGGUAUAUCAUUUUGAACAUAGCCACAGUCAUAUCACUAUGCCUAGUGCUUUUGAUUUUAUGAAAAAGCACCUCCUUCAUUGGUUAGAGGCGCUGAGCUUAAUGGAUAUUAUAUCAGAGGCGGUAGCAAUGAUGGAUAUACUCCAGUCAGGCGCUGGGGAUGACGUGGAUACAGAAUUUUCCAACUUUCUCUAUGAUGCAAAACGAUUCAUUCUAAAGAACACCUACAUAGCAAGUCUUGCUCCACUCCAACUGUACUGUUCCGGGUUGGUAUUUUUACCAAUGCAAAGUACCAUUAGAAAGAUAUUUCUUGACAGCAGGCCCAAACAAAUACACAUGCUACCACAGGUGGAGGAUAAUUGGAGCCCAGGACUACAAACCCUUGAGGGCCAUUCAGGUUUGGUUCAUUCAGUGGCCUUCUCCCAUGACGGCCAAAUGGUGGUGUCAGGCUCCUACGACAACACCAUCAAGCUCUGGGAUGCAAAGACUGGCUCUGAACUGCAGACGCUCAAGGGCCAUUCAAGUUGGGUUUAUUCAGUAGCCUUCUCCCAUGACAGCCAAAUGGUGGUGUCAGGCUCCGAUGACAACACCAUUAAGCUCUGGGAUGCUAAGACUGGCUCUGAACUACAGACACUCAAGGAUCAUUCAGAUUCAGUCCAUUCAGUAGCCUUCUCCCAUAACGACCAAAUGGUGGUGUCAGGCUCCGAUGAUAAAACUAUCAAGCUCUGGAAUACAAAGACUGGCUCUGAACUACAGACGCUCAGGGGCCAUUAUGGCCACAUUUAUUCAGUAGCCUUCUCCCAUAACGACCAAAUAGUGGUGUCAGGCUCUGAUGACUAUACUAUUAAGCUCUGGGAUAUAAAGACUGGCUCUGAACUGCAGACGCUCGAGGGCUAUUUACGCUAUAUUUAUUCAGUGGCCUUCUCCCAUGACGAUCAAAUGGUGGUAUCAGGCUCUUAUGACAACACAAUUAAGCUCUGGGAUGCCAAGACUGGCUCUCUACUACAGACGCUUAAGGGCCACUCAAGCCAUGUUUAUUCAGUAGCCUUCUCUCAUGACAGCCAAAUGGUGGUGUCAGGCUCUGAUGACAAGACUAUUAAGCUCUGGGAUACGAAGACUGGCUCUGAACUGCAGACGCUCAAGGGCCAUUCAAAUGGGGUUUAUUCAGUAGCCUUCUCCUAUGACGACCAAAUGGUGGCGUCAGGCUCUCGUGACAACACCAUCAAGCUCUGGAAUGCUAAGACUAGCUCUGAAUUGCAGAUAUUCAAGGGUCAUUCAGACUCAAUCCGUUCAGUGGCCUUCUCCCAUGACGGCCAAAUGGUGGUGUCAGGCUCUCGUGACAACACCAUCAAGCUCUGGGAUGCAAAGACUGGCUCUGAACUACAGACACUCAAGGGCCAUUCACACAUGGGGGUUAAUUCAGUAGCCUUCUCUCAUGAUGGCCAAAUGGUGGCAUCAGGCUCUAGUGACGAGACUAUUAAGCUCUGGGAUGCUAAGACCGGCUCUGAACUACACACACUCAAGGGCCAUUCACACUGGGUUAAUUCAGUGGCCUUCUCCCAUGAUGGCCAAAUGGUGGCAUCAGGCUCUGAUGACCACACUAUUAAGCUCUGGGAUGUAAAGACUGGCUCUGAAUUGCAGACACUUAAGGGCCAUUCAGGCCGGGUUAAGCCAGUAGCCUUCUCCUAUGACAGUCAAAUGGUGGUGUCAGGCUCUGAUGACUACACUGUUAAGCUCUGGGAUACGAAGACUGGCUCUGAAUUGCAGACGCUGGAAGGCCAUUCAAGUUGGGUUUAUUCAGUAGCCUUCUCCCAUGACGGCCAAAUGGUGGUGUCAGGCUCUGGCGGGACCAUUAAGCUCUGGGAUGCAAAGACUGGCUCUGAACUGCGGACGCUCAAGGGCCAUUCAGGCGAUAUUUAUUCAGUAGUCUUCUCCUAUGACGGCCAAAUGGUGAUAUCAUGCUCCGAUGACAACACCAUCAAGCUCUGGGAUGUUAAGACUGGCUCUGAAUUACAAACGCUCAAGAGCCAUCCAGAUUCGGUUAAUUCAGUGGCUCCUUACAACUCAGUGGUCUCUGCUCUGCAUGCAGAAGAACUUACUUCUACUAAACCUACUAGCAUUUCACAGCGCUGUGAUGGCUGUCGCCCGACUUCACAUAAUUUCAAUCUUCAAGCAUCUUUAUCAGACAGCUGGGUUGCCUUGGCGGGUGAAAAUAUACUGUGGCUCCCUAUCGAGCAUCGUCGAUUUACAGCUUCAGCAGUUAAGGAAGCCACACUUGCUCUUGGGUAUGAUGACGGGCGGGUUUCUAUUAUAGGAUUUCAUACUGGAAAAGGCAUCUAAACUCCCGGCAAGCCGAACAAGUUUUCCAAAACGGAAAAGAAACCUAUGAUUUGGAUUUGAGUGUCACUGUGUUGAGUUUGUUGUAUUCUUUUGGUCUGAUCAAUUUGUUAGCCUUGCUUAAUUAGUUGAAUACAUAUGAGCUGUUUCUAAGUU